GGAAAACACAAAGAGACGAAGAGCGCUGACAGGUUUAACACUGAAGACGAAAGGAGUGAGAUCCCCUAGAAGCAGGGCUUGGACGGCAUGCAAAGUUGUGAAAUAUCGUCAGACGGCACUGAUGAUCCCCUUAGUAGUGGCAUACGAAGGCAUCGACAACCUCGAAUAGUAGUGAUCGGAGCUGGAUUAGCCGGACUUGCUACAGCCAAAACCCUAUUGGAGAACGGCUUCACAAAUGUCCUAGUAUUAGAAGCGUCUGACCGCAUCGGAGGCAGAGUUCAAAGCAUUCAGCUCGGAAAAGCCACUUUGGAACUCGGAGCCACCUGGAUCCAUGGAGCCAACGGAAACCCAGUGUACCACCUGGCAGAGGACAACAGGCUGCUGGAACACACCACGGACGAGGAGAGGAGUGUGGGACGCAUCAGCCUCUACGCCAAGAACGGUGUGGCCCAUUACCUGACCAACAAUGGCAAGAGGAUUCCCAAAGACCUGGUGGAGGAGUUCAGUGACCUGUACAACGAGGUGUAUGAGCUGACUCAGGAAUUUUUCCAGAAUGGGAAACCCGUAGGAGCUGAGAGUCAGAACAGCGUUGGGAUCUUCACUCGAGAUUUCAUGCGCAAGAGGAUCAUGUUGGAUCCUGACGACUCAGAUACCACCAAGCAACUCAAACUGUCCAUGCUACAACAGUACCUCAAGGUUGAGAGCUGUGAGAGUAGCUCUGCCAGCAUGGACGAGGUGUCGCUGAGCGAAUUCGGCGAGUGGACGGAGAUCCCCGGCGCCCACCACGUCAUCCCCACCGGCUUCAUCAAAGUGGUGGAGCUCUUGGCUCGCGACAUCCCCGACCGCGUGCUACGUCUGGGCAAACCGGUGCGCCGCAUCCACUGGAACUACAGUUCCCAGGAUGCCGAGGAGAUCGCCGGCACCGACGACGACCACAACAACCACAACCGGGACGACCAGCCGGGCCCGCCCCCGGUCCGCGUGGAAUGUGAGGACGGCGAGUGGCUCCCCGCGGACCACGUGGUGGUGACGGCUUCGCUCGGCGUCCUGAAGAAGAGCCACGAGACGCUGUUUUCGCCCGGGCUGCCGCUCGACAAGGUGCUAGCCAUCCAGAAGCUCGGGAUCAGCACGACCGACAAGAUCUUUCUGGAAUUCGCCGAGCCGUUCUGGAGCCCGGAGUGCAACAGCAUCCAGUUCGUCUGGGAGGACGAGGCUCACCUGGAGCAGCUGACCUACCCGGAGGAGCUGUGGUACCGGAAGAUCUGCAGUUUCGACGUGCUGUACCCGCCCGAGCGUUACGGCUACAUGCUGAGCGGCUGGAUCUGCGGAGACGAGGCCCUGCGGAUGGAACGCUGCGACGACGAAACCGUGGCCGAAAUCUGCACUGAGCUCCUCCGCAAGUUCACAGGGAACCAGAACAUUCCGAAACCUCGGCGGAUCCUGCGCUCGUCCUGGGGCAGUAACCCGUACAUCCGGGGUUCGUACUCCUUCACGCGCGUCGGCUCCAGCGGAGGAGAUGUGGAGAAGCUGGCUAUGCCGCUGCCUUCUGCCAAGAGCACCAAAGCUCCGCCUCUACAGGUGCUCUUCGCUGGUGAAGCCACUCACAGAAAAUACUAUUCCACUACCCACGGUGCUUUGCUGUCAGGUGAAAGAGAGGCUAUACGCCUGAUUGAGAUGUACCAGGACCUCUACGGCGCAGAAACCACAAAGCCUAACAUGUAAACAAACAAACAAACAAACAAA